AUGAGUUCGAAAAAUUUUUAUGAUAAACAUGCUGAACAUCAAGAUAAUACAAGUAUGGGUAAAUUACGUUCAAAAUAUUGGACAACAAAACAGCUUGUUAUGAAAAAACUUGGUAGAGAAGAAGAUGAAUUUGUUAUUGCAUCAGAUGCAGAUGUCGAUGCUAAACUUGAAUUAUUAUAUGCUGUUAGACAAUCAUGCCAUGAUUUACUUCGUGUUAUGGAAAGCUAUCAAACAAAUGUUCUGUUUCUUUCGCAUGAAGAAACAGAUAUGGCACGUUUUUUGAAAGAUUAUGCUCAAAUGGAUAAAACUCGAGCUGGAAAAAUGAUGGCAAGUGUAUCGAAAGUUCUUGCUUAUACAGCACAUCAACGUUUAGCAUUACGUCAACCAUUACUUCGUUUACAUAAUGAAAUCGAAACAUUUCGUCAUCGUGCAGUAACAGAUACAAUGUCAACAGUGAAACGAAUGGAAACAGCAAGAACAGAAUAUCGUGGAAGUAUAUUAUGGUUAAAAGAUGCAUCGGUACAACUUGAUCCAGAAAAACAAUUAGAAAAAUUUCGUCGAGUACAAAGUCAAGUAAAAACAACUAAGACAGAAUAUGAUCGAUUAAAAUCUGAUGUUCUACAAAAAAUUGAUUUAUUAACAGCUAGUCGAUGUAAUAUGUAUUCACAUGCAUUAGCUACUUAUCAAAAAAGUUUACUUGUCUUUUGGGAAAAAACUUCAAAAACAAUGUCAGCUGUUGCUGAAUCAUUUAAAGGUUAUCAAUAUUAUGAAUUUACCGUUAUUAAAGAUCUCGCUGAACCAAAUGAUGCACUUAUUAAUGUUAAUGAAACAAAAAAUAAUCAAAAAGAAAUACAGGAUUUAACGGAACCUGUUAAUGCAUUAAUUGAUAUAUCUGAUGAUCAACUUGAUGAUCAACUUCUUGAAUUAGAAAAAUUAACAACAAUUGAUCGUACACCAACAACAUCUGGAAAUAUGAAGAAAACAUCAACUAGUGAUGAUAAUCUUGUUGAAUUAGCAGAUACAAUUGCUGAACAUGACAAACUAUUUUCUGAUCUACUUUCAUCAUCAUCAUCAUCAACAACAACAGGAAAUACGACUACAGAUCUUCUUGGAUCAAAUGAUAAUAAUAGUUUUGAUGCUCAUUGGACAGCAGCAUUUGGUAAUACUUCAAAUCAACAACAAAUAUCUAAUAUUCCUACAGAAUCUUCUGCAUCCAAUAAUAGUUUUCUUCCAUCAUCACUUCUUAGUGAAUUAUUAACUUCAAUGAAUAAAAAUAAUAAACCAACAGUUCAACCAUCACCAUCAUCAAAUCCUAAACCAAAACCUAUAGCAACAACAAAAACUUCCGAUAAAUCAAAUUGGUUAAAUCUAUUUGCUGAACUUGAUCCAAUACAAAAUCCUGAUGCUAUUGGAAAAACAGGUGGCGAUGAAGCUGAUCGAAGUUGUUAA